CUUAUUCAUAGAGCAGGGAACCCAGAAGUCUGCACUGAUGUCUGUACAUACAAUGAACUGCGUGUGUUCCACAACAGCCAGUGACAGUUGUCCUGUGAGAAUGUGAUUGUCUUGUUGUGAUAACAGGCCAAAAGCAUGAGGGAAUGGCAGCUGGGAUGGUUUAUGCCAUUCAGGAAACGUGAAGGAACGUCUGCGUGUACUGGGUGGUUGACCAAAGAGAGAUAGUCCGUUUCUGUCUGAUACCGACAUACACAUUGCUAGAGAAGCAUGGGGAUCCUUCCUGGACUGCUGUUUUUCCUCUUAUCUGUGCACUCAGUAAACACUCUUAAGUGUUACAUAUGCAGUUCCACUGUCUCUAAUGAGUACUGCAACAGCAACUCUGAUGACUGCCAGGCUCCUCUGGACACCUGCAUGACCACUGUGAGCAUAUCAGGAGAUAUGAAAGCCAUUGUGAAGCAGUGCUCCGAUUCUCAACUGUGCACUGGAGCUGCAAGUAGCGUCUCACUGGAUGAUAAUGGAGACGGUACUGUGGUCACAUGCUGUAGCAGUCGCCUCUGCAACUACAGCGCUGCGCCUACCAUUCAACUGUGUACGUGGCUACUGACUUUACCCAUGUGUCUGCUCACUAUCCUCAUUAAACAAGCUGAUUAGAAGUUGGAAGGCACAAUUAUACUGCUGUUAUGGGCCAAAGGAUGAACUGGGUUGGCGAUGUUUAAACUCCAGUUAAUUGUUUUUCUGGACAUACUGUACACACUGUGAGGUCCUCAAAUCUGGGCCCUGACUAGUUUCCCAUCCUGGAUCACUGAUUAGUAAUGACAGUAGGCGGCCAAUUACAUCAACAGUCCAGUUAACCAUCAGUGACUACACAAUCCAGGACCAGAUUUAAUGAAUUUAAGGUCUGGAUUUGAAUUCUGCACUAAAAUAUAAUUCAUUAAUAAUUCAUCUGCAAAUCCAAGGAUGGGGCAGUAGUUCAUGAUUUAGUGUUUUCUUUGUUCAACACAUUUGUGAACUUUAAAAUAAACUAAUUAAUUGACAGGAAACUGGAGUUCAAGAACCCUGCAAUAAAAGGUUUGGAGAGCAUAGCAUAAACAUUAGCAUGCCCUCUUGUAGCUUUCAGUAAAUAGGUGCUUUGCACUCUAGUCUAGACAAUAAUAUGAUCAGUAUCAUUUUUUUUUCUUAAUACAUGUACAGAUGGUUGUAUGGCAUACUUGCACUGUUGAGACAUUUUAAGUUAACAUUCUGAAGAUGUUAUUUUUCUGUUGAUGAGCGUUGUCUUACAGCCUGAAUAAUGAUAAUAUUAAACUAAUAUGGUGCCAUAUAUCACAACUAGUAAAUUAAAUACUGUAUAUUACCAACCCCGAAGAAAUUAAAUUGGGGUCUCAUGUGUCAUAAAUCAGCUAGUUUCUCUAAGCUUUUUCUUUUCCCAUGUGAACAUUUCUAUUAACUGUAAAAUAAAAAUGUAUUUCUAAAUUAAAAA